AUGGACAUUUUUGUUGUUUCAGCAAAUAAACCACUCAAAUUUAACGCCCCAUCGAACGGGUCUUAUUUUACAAUCAGACAAGCAACACUUGAGGGAGAUUAUGCUACACAACUCUUCAUCACAGUCGACAGCAAAACAGUGUUGUUGUGCACUUUAAGCCUUGCAGUCCCACAACACACAAUUCAGCUUGCUUUUAACAAAGACAUCGAAUUGACUGUUGUAGGAAAAUGCUCAAUUCACGUCGCAAUCAAUUACAACAAAGAGAUUGGGGUAGACCCACAAAUCGAGUCGAAUAACGAAAAGAAGAAGAAGAAGAUGUAUGAAGAAGCAGAAGACGACUUGGAUGACUCGGGUGAUUCGAGUGAUUCAUAUGAUUUAGAUAAUUUAGAUGAAGACAUUUUACCCGAUGAUAACAUGGAUUUGGAUGACGAAAGUUCUGACGACGAGAUGUUGAACCCCAGAUACAAAUCAAAGUCCAUUCGCAAAGUACCAACCAAAAGGAUGAAAAAGCACUAG